AUCCUUCUUCAAAAUAUUUGAAUUUUCUUCUUUGAUUUAGCGUUAUACAACCUUUACAAUUUAGAACGUCAAGGACAGGAAUAAGCCAACCAGUACAGGACGGGAACCAGAACAAGAUGGAAGGCAACAGAGAAAAGGAACAUUUGUUGGCACUGAAAGUAAUGCGGCUGACGAAGCCGACAUUGAUGCCAUUUCACCCGAUUAUAAGUGACGCGAGAGAUGUACCGUACACUUUGACCCAGGACCAGAAUGAGGCUGAUAUAGCUAAACCGAAAGAUUUGGAAUAUUUUGGAGUCAGUGACCUGCUUACGUUGCCACAAAAUUUCGGGAAUAUAUUUCUUGGAGAGACUUUUUCUAGCUACAUCAGUGUACAUAAUGACAGUAACCAAUCAUGUUCAGACAUUCUGUUAAAGGCUGAUUUACAGACUAGUUCCCAACGGCUCUUACUUACGGGUGUAAACUCGCAACCUGUGACGCACCUUAAACCUAACGAGAGCAUCGAUGAUGUCAUACAACAUGAGGUCAAGGAACUUGGAACUCAUAUACUUGUUUGCGCUGUCAGUUACUCGACGGAGGCGGGUGAGAAGAUGGCAUUUAGAAAGUUCUUCAAAUUCCAGGUCCUUAAGCCUUUAGACGUGAAGACAAAGUUCUAUAAUGCGGAGUCAGAUGACGUUUACCUUGAGGUUCAGAUACAAAACAUUACUCCUGGACCAGUCUACAUGGAACAUGUCAGACUGGACCCUUCAAAUCUGUACAAAUCGGAGGAACUGAAUUCAUUGGAGAAGAAACAAGGACCAGGCAAUGUAUUUGGAAAAGUUGACUACUUAAACCCUAUGGACACACGGCAGUAUUUGUACUGUCUAGCACCCAAACCAGAGAUGUACCAAGAGAAUAAGGUGCUUAAAGGGGUGACCAACAUUGGUAAAUUAGACAUCGUGUGGAAAACCAACCUGGGAGAGAAAGGGAGAUUACAAACUAGUCAGCUUCUUAGAGUGGCCCCGGGGUAUGGGGAUAUCAGAGUGACAGUAGAGAAGAUGCCUGAUAGUGUACCAUUGGAGAAAACAUUUGAUGUAACUCUUAGAAUAACUAACUGCUGUGAAAGAGAUAUGGAACUAACAAUGGUGUUACAGAAUGACUUGAACUCGGGUCUCAUGUGGUGCGGCCUCUCUGGCCAGAAACUUGGCACCCUGCCACAGAAUGAACACAUGGAUUUAUCUCUAAACCUUAUUACCACUGUCCCUGGAUUACAGACAAUAUCGGGCCUGAGACUGACCGAUAACUUCUUGAAGAGGACCUACGAGCAUGAUGAAAUAGCCCAAGUGUUUGUUUAUAAUGACCCAGAAUCAUAAUAUGCUGGCAUUAUAAUAGUAGAAAAGACAUUCCGAGAGCAACAUUUUCUGUGAAAAAUGGAUAAAUUCUGUGAAAAAAUGGAUACAUUCUCUGAAAAAAUAGAUACAUUCUCUGAAAAAAUAGAUACAUUCUCUGAAAACACAACAAUUUUAUGAUAACACAUGAUAUUAUAUAGACCAAUUAUGUGGCUGAAAACAAGUGAAUUCAACUGAUUGUGAAAUAAUGUGUACAUGUAUGUCUGAUACGAGUCAAAACAUUCCAUUUUUAAUAACAUGUAUUGUGUUUAUAGUUUGUGAAUCAAAGAGCAAAAUUGUAGAAACGUUAUGCAACAUUUUCAAAGAAAAUCCAGAAAAUAAUAGAUAAUUUUACUUUAUUAUUAAUCAUUUAGUAUGUGAUUGAAAAAGUAUGUAUGGGUAUAUCACAUUGUCAUAUAUCAGUUUUAUGUCUAAAGUAAGUUCAUUUAUGUUUGUUUAAGUUCAUGUUAAAUGAAUGAAUGAAUGAAAGAGUAAAUGAAUGAAUAAUUAAAGUAGUAAAAGGGAUUGUGCAAUAUCUUGAGGAUAUUUGUGAGUUUUAUUUGAUAUCUUGUUCUAGUAAUGAGGGAGACAAGUGUUUCAUAAAUGUUGUCUGCUUUGAUUCUAGAAUAUAACAAAUACAGUUUCUCAUGUUAAGUAUUUAGUACAUGUUUAUGUUCAAUGAAACCUAAUUUCACGAAAGUGCACAAUUCAAUUUUGAAAAUUAUUACGUAUAUGACUGAAACAGAAUGAUGCUUCUCACAUUUAUGUGUUAUAAUCCUGCCAGGUUUUGUGUGGAAGCUAUUCAAGUAGCACAAAGAAUGUUGGUUGUUCUCCGGUGCCUUCUGUUGCUGAUUUAAAGGGACUCCACUGAGGUUUUUUGAUGUGAAGGGACCAAAAAUAUUUUUUCAAGAUUUUUAUAUAACUAGAUGUAUGUCUAGACCAAUAACUCAUGUACAAAAUUUCAGAUCAUUUCCUUACUCCGUUUCCCAGAAAUAAUCAAUUUUAUUGUGCAAAUUGGCCCAAAAAAUAAAAAUCGGCCAAAAAAUGGCAUAAAAAUCGAUUAUCAAUUUCAUACCAUGUAUAUUUAUAUAUCAUCUAUUGAUUGGUUUCAAGUUUUAUUGUACCAGUUGAUUUAAGAAAGAUUUCAAAAUGUAUUAUUUUAGGCUAUAGGACCUCAGUGGAGUUCCUUUAAUGCACAUAGUGGCUAUUGAUGUCUUCCUACAACAUUAAAGCUGGGAAGUUGCCAUAGGAGCCUGCUGAUGUUUCAAAUAAUGCAAGGUGGGGCACCUGAGGUCUUCUUCAGAAAAUUUGAGAAUUUGCUGUGACCUCUACUGUGUUGUUGCAAUGUAAAACCCAAAUAAAAACCUUGUUAGGUAUGUCCAUGUGAUUCCAAAACAGCUUCAGAGUUAUAAUUGAAGGUCACCUACCAAGGGCUAUAAAUGUGACACAUCUGUUAAAUGGACCUUUGAUAACUUGUUGGGUCACUAUCCAAGACUCAUAACUAUGUCAUAUAUCUUAAAUAAAAUGAGCCAUGUCAUGACAAAACCAACAUAGUGGGUUUGAGACCAGCAUGGAUCCUGACCAGCCUGGGCAUCCGCGCAGUCUGAUCAGGAUCCAUGCUGUUCGCUAUCAGUUUCUCUACUUGUAAUAGGGUUUGUAAGCAUGCUGGUCGCAAAUGCACUAUGUUUGUUUUGUCAUGACACGGCUCAAAUGUUAAAUGUCUUUGUUAAUUCAUACAAUCAUUAUCUUGACAUUUUUUACUUCAUGUAUUAAUUUUGGAGAACAGUCCAGCAUGCUGUCCUACUUACAGCUUUUGUUAAUCGAUGUAGUAUUAGCAUAACUUUAUGUGAACUUUUUAUUUAUAGAUGUAAGGAAUAAUAAUUAAAUAUAUCUGAAAGA